AUGAUCCGCCACCUCCGGUCGCGCGUGCUUUCUCUCCUCCGCUUCCCGUCCCAUCUCCCUGCCGCCCACCUCGCUCCCCUCCACAGCCUCCUCUCCACGACCGCAUCCAUUCCCCCCAAAUCUUUCUCCGUCAAGGACUUCCUCGUCACCGACUGCGGCCUCACCCGAGAGCAAGCCAUCAAGACCACCAAAAGGGUCUCCUACCCCACGUCUCUCUCCAGGCCUACGGCCGCCCUGGCUUUCCUCUCGGCCCGCGGCGUCCCCCGCUCCGCCAUCGCCGCCGCCGUGGCCGCCGACCCGCGCAUCCUGUCCGCCAGCGUGGGCAGGGUCCUCGCCCCCCGCUUCGCCGAGCUCACCGAGAUCGGCCUCUCGCCUUCGCAGAUCGUGGACAUCCUCACGAUCCGCCGCACAGCCUCUCUUCGCGGCAACCUCCUCUUCUGGAUCCAAACCCUGGGCACCUACCACAAGAUCCUCGUUCUCGCCAAGUGCAACUGCGAUCUCCUCAGAGCCAGUCUCGACAAGGUGAUCAAGCCGAACCUCAACACCCUGCGGGAGUGUGGAGUAAGUGCUUCCGACAUUGCAGGUGGAGGCAGGUACUCCAGUCGCCUCUUCACCGUGAAACGCGAGGUCCUCAUGGGCGCCAUCGCGCGAGUGGAGCAGUUAGGCGUGGAACGCGGCUCAGGCGUGUUCCCCCGUGCACUCGCUGCGCUGUCCUUCUUGAGCAAGGACAUUCUCGACGGCAAAAUACAACUGUUGCGGAAGCUGGGGUUUUCGCAGGAUGAGCUAGUGAUGAUUCUGAAGAAGGCGCCGCAGGUCCUGGCUCUUUCCGAGAAAAAGAUCCAGCGAGCUGUGGAGUUCUUGAUGAGGGACGUCUCUCUGCAGGCACCCUACAUUGCCCGACGGCCAGCUCUCAUCAUGUAUAGCCUUGAGAAGCGGUUGAUGCCCCGGCACUCCUUGCUCGAGGUUCUCAGGCACAAGGGACUAUUGGGUGUGGAGUGGGACUACUUUACAAUUGCUGUGAUGACUGAGAAGAAGUUUGUGCACAAGUUUGUGGAUCCUUAUAAGAGCAGCUUUCCAGGCCUGGCUGAUGAUUAUGCCUCUGCAUGUCUUGGGAAAGCAUAG